UUUCUCUUUCCAACACCCUGGGCAGAUUUUCACCUUUACCCUGAACUUUCUCGAGAACCAAAGGAAACAAUUAGAGAGAGAGAGAGGAGAUUGAGAGAGUUCUUAUGGAGUCCACAUACUCUCGAUUUCCUAAACCUUCCAAAUUUCUUUAUUGAUUCAAUAUAAACAUUCAACAAGACCCGUUUUGAAUUCACUACAGAAAAGGCCAAAUGGUUAAAUCAAGAACACCCUUUAACGAUCAAUGGACGAUAUUUGUGACUUUCAUGGCCAUAAUCUCUAGUGGGUAUGGUAUUGGAGUGAACUGGGGCACAAUGGCAACUCACCAGUUGCCGCCAGAGAAAGUAGUCCAAAUGAUGAAGGCAAACGGGUUCGACAAGGUGAAGCUGUUCGAGGCGGAUCCGAGGAUUUUGACGGCUUUGAUUGGGACUGAUAUCGAGGUGAUGUUGGCAAUACCCAAUGUGAUGUUGCCGCAGAUGAGUGAUGACCCUGGUUUUGCUGCUUCUUGGGUGGAUGAAAAUGUGACCAGUUAUUUCUACCCUGGGGGAGUCUACAUCAAGUAUGUUGCAGUGGGCAAUGAGCCUUUUCUCAGAACAUACAAUGACACCUAUCUUGAAUGCACACUGCCUGCCCUCCAAAAUGUCCAAAAUGCUCUCAACCAUGCCGGAUUCGGUUCCCAGAUUAAAGCAACAGUUCCCUUCAACGCCGAUGUCUACAACUCGCCUGCCUCAAACCCUGUGCCAUCAGCCGGUGACUUCAGGCCAGAAGUCCGCGACAUCACCAUCAAAAUCAUCGAGUCCCUCUAUUCCAACGACGCCCCUUUCACUGUCAACAUAUACCCAUUCCUCAGCCUCUACAGCAACACUUACUUCCCCUUGGACUAUGCAUUCUUUGAUGGCUCAAAAAAUCCCAUUAGAGAUGGUGACAAAAUCUACGCAAACGUAUUUGAUGCGAAUUUCGACACUUUAGUUUCCUCCUUGGGGAAAUCCGGGUACCCGGAGAUGAAAAUCAUCGUGGGAGAAGUCGGGUGGCCCACCGAUGGGGAUAAAAACGCGAACAUCGAAAACGCAAAGAGAUUUAGCCAAGGUCUGGUUCAACAUAUCUUGAGUGGAAAUGGGACACCCAAUAGAAAAGGUGUAAUUGAGGCCUAUCUAUUUAGUCUUAUUGAUGAGAAUGCCAAGAGCAUAGCCCCAGGGUCCUUUGAAAGGCACUGGGGGAUUUUCGAAUAUGAUGGGAAACCCAAGUACGAACUAGACCUGUUUGGCUUCCGAGAAAAUAAGGGGCUAGUAGCAGUGAAAGGCGUUGGAUAUUUGCACAAAGAGUGGUGUGUUCUGGACCCAAAAGCAGAUGACUUGGGGGAAUUGCCUAAGAACGUUGAUUAUGCUUGUAGCUUGUCUGAUUGUACUGCUCUGGGUUAUGGAUCAUCUUGUAACCAUAUCGGCGUCAAAGGGAAUGCUUCUUAUGCUUUCAACAUGUAUUAUCAGUUGCAAAACCAGAACAGUUGGGACUGCGAUUUCUCCGGUUUGGCUGUGGUGACAGACGAGGACCCGUCCGACUACAGGUGCGAGUUCCCGGUGAUGAUUGCUCGUGGGAAUCCGGCGGGGCUGCUGCACAGGGGAGUUUUUGGGAUUUUACUGGGUGUUCUUGAGGGGUUUGUAGUGUUUUUGCUUCUUGUAUCUUAGUUUUUAGCUAUAGGAUGUGUGAAGGAUUUUUCUCAUUGCAGUGAUUUUAGGGGCAUGUGGAUAGUCUUGUCUUGUGUAGAUCACUAUACAGUAAAUGGUGUAGCUAAGGAGUCAAGGAGAUGGUAUUGUAAGUUCAGAAAAGGAGAGAGAAUUGUGAACCAGACUAAUCUUUGAUGGCUUUUCUCUUUUUUGUUCUUGCAUA